AUGGAGUUCAAUCCUAUUGAUCAAGAUGUCAACAAAUUCAAAGUAUCAGAUGAUGUAGGGGAUAGACAGUUUGAUUCCAAUCAUGGACAACGGUCAUACGGAUACAAUUACGCAGUUGAAGAUGUUUUGGGUAAUAAUUUUGCAGUACCAGGUGAUGGACGAGAAGCUAAUGCAUCUUCUGAGGAGGUGGUUGAAUAUGGUCAGAAAAAUGCUGCUAAUAGCAACAAGAAAAAGAAAAAGGGAAAAGGAUCCAGAUCUGAUUAUGCUGCGCCUUCUCCGUAUACCUCAUCUCACAAUUCAGGUCAAUACUUAGCUCUCUCAAAAGUAAUUCUCUAUCAAAAAUCCAAAUAUUAUUCAACCUCCUCCUUCAUAUGGGCCUUUCCCUUAUUCUAG